UAUUAAAACGUGAACAAUCCGCUUGAGUAAAAAAAAAGAAGUUUGCAUCAGAAAUUGAAGUGAAAUGCUAAAAUUCAAUUGAUUUUUCAUCUUCGAAUAUGACAAAGUGAAGUUCCAUUUAGAUUGAGAGAUUAUUUGAUUAAAUAAAAUAGAUAGAGAGAUAGAGCAAAAAAAAAGAGAAACUCGUGUAUUACUUAUUCUCAUGGUUAAGAGAAUUUCCACAUUUUUCAUAGUUGGUGUCUACUGAUCUCUUUCAGUAAAAGUGAUUUAGACUACGAAUUUCAAUAUUCAGUUUGGUGGAAUUUUCACUUCUGUGCGAUUUGAAGUUUGUUUUAUUUUUGGUAAAAAAUUUGGUUGAAAUUUUCGUUGGGGUGUUUCGAACUAUUCAAUUGAAAAUGUCACAAGUUUUUUUUCCUGCGAAUAAUCAAAAUUCGUGCAACAAAUACAUUAGUUGACAAUGUUGAAUUACAAGAGGACCAUUUAUAAACUGAUAUUAGCAAAAACUCCGUAUUCGUUUCGAAUGAAUGCUAAAUUUUAUGAUUGACAACGAUGAACAAACUGAACACUGAAAAUAUGACAUAAAAUCACAUUUGAAAAACAAAAAAAAAAAAUAAAUAAAAAUCAAAUACAUAAUAAUUCAACAGAAACCCCAAAGCAAAUCGAACCGACGAAUGAAACGAAUUGAAGUGAAUUUCGGGCGAUGGAAUCAUCAAUUAAGUGAGGAACGUAUAUUGUAAAUUAAGUGCGUUGUUUUGUGUAAAUUUAUUCCAUGAGUUACACAAAAACUACGGGCUAGUUGAAUGUCGCAUUGAACAAGCGACCAGUGUCAUAUCCGAUUGGGAAAUAAUGAAAGUCAGCAUUGGGAUGUCGAGAAAUCGCCUGAAAUUCAUCCAACAAAAUCGAAUGACCAAAUAAUUACGAUUACAGCAAAUAAACGACUAUUAUAAAAUAAAAAAUAAAAAAUAAAACGGAAAAUCAAAUCGAGCAUACAUUUGGAACGACCAAAGAAACAGACACUGGCAACCAAUCGAAUUUCUGUUAUUUUUCUUUUAUAAUGAUUAGUUUUGUGGAAUAAAAAGACAUAUCGCAUAUUGGCCAAUAGAAUUUCGUAUAGAAAAAAAAGUACAGUGUAACACAUUGUCACGCACACUCAUAAAUGCACGAAUGUUUAAUCCAAAACGAAGAACUACAGUGACUUGAGGAAGGACAGUUGUUUUCUCAUCACAAAUUGCAAAAAUUUAUCACCAAGUCCGAGCGCUGAAUUUGUAAUUCUUUUGUAACAAACGCAAUAGAAUACAACUGAAUAAAAAAAGGGAUAGAAGAAGAGAAGAGAAAAAAUUGCCCAUGUUCGCAUCGAUCUAACAUUUUGAAAAGCAGUUAACCUAUGAGGAGAGGAACAAAAAUCAGCGAAAAGAAAAAAAAAAGUCAAAUCUAGAAUCGAGAAUAGCCUUGGUUGAACAAACGAAGUAGAAAAACGCAUAAGUCACACACACACACAAACAUACAUACACAUAAUUCUGGAAAUAAUGGCAAUGAGUUUCGACAUCUUCAAGCGCAGCAACCAAAAUGCGGAGUGAAAUGACACAGUCGGCAUAGAAUUUCAUUUUCUUCAAAACCUUUCGCGAAAACUUGUUGUUCUGUCCGUUUUGUGUGCUAUUCAUGUAUGUCAGCCCACGUCUAUCAACGAGUGUAUGCCAGCUGUGUGGACGUUUGAACAACAUUUUAUUCAGGCAAGAUGCAUAGUGGCAGCUCAAUAACUCCUGAAAAUCCGGCCUUUUCCAUUUCAAUUGGCAUCUCAGCGCUCAUAAUCGAAGGAAGACCAUUAUAUGAUGACGAGUACACUUGUGACUCAGCUGAUAUCAAUCAGCGACGUCUAGGUGAUCACCUAUUUACGUCAACCGCGCUACCAUCAAAAUACUCUCGAUUGCUAGAAUCUCCACAAUUUCCAUUUGGUACAAAAUUUAAUUUGCACACAGUUAAAACACCAGAUCGUAAUCCAUCUUCAGUAGGCAUAACCGAUACGCCGUCUGGAUCUUCAGCAUUUGCAUCGAAAACUGAUUCAACCGAACAUUUGGAGCGAUUGCGUCAAAAGUUGCAUCAACUACGUUCGUUGCCAAGUACAAGCUGCGAUUUUGUCGAACAACGUAUUGCCGUUUCAAUUGAAUCACCGCCACCGGCAGCAACAUCCAGCGAACCAGACCUUGAUAAGGCUGAUUGCCUUUUUGAUUUUAUCUAUGAACGUCAUUUAGCUUCUCCGGCAUCCGCAUCGAAGGAGAAACCAACGAAACCGCUCGAACUACAGUUUUUAGCAUCGAGACAAACAUCACUGCAACGAACACCACGUUCGCUUAUCGAACACAAUGGUCUAUUGCAAACAGUUACCUCUUGGCAAACAAACAAUUUUUCGCCAACGAAAUUUAGCACACCAUCAACAGCAUCUUCAUCAGAGCUUAUGACAUCGGGUUCAUCGUCGAUAUUGUCACCGACAACCAUUCUCCCCGCCAGCCUGGAUUCAAAGAAAUUUGAAAAGCGCAAUGUAAAAGUGCUCGGACCGCAUUGCACACAAUUUUUAUCGAAAAUCGGAUUGUUGAAAACACCACAAACGCCAGAUUAUUCAUUCGAAAUUGACGACCACCAAUGCUUUAAAAGCAGCGAAACGUGCUAUCGAUGGCGACAAUGUUACAAACAAAUUUUGCCAAUAUUUGCUCGAUGUGAACCAAUCUGUAUUGAAGUGUAUUUGGGGCCAGAACAUCAUGUUAUUCUGUUGGAACAAUGGAUAAUUCAACAAAAUCAAGAUCCGAGUCGUUUUUCAAUGACUAUCCAAUCGCUGUGCACUGCCAUUCGGAGUCAAUUACACUUUUCUCAAAUUACUGCUUGGUCAGAUCUAUUGAAAUCAUCAUCGCCACUCGAUCCCGAAUUGAAAUCAAAUCCGCGCAUAAAAGCCUCAUUGAAAAUGCCUUUUAAACCGAAAUUGGAUAUUUUGUAUCGCAUUCGACCAUAUAACGAUACGACCUCAUCAUGUUUUUCCACAACACCAAUCGUGCACAAUUUCCCCGAAACAAUGAUAUCCGAACAUCUUUCAAUUAAAGUAUCAUUAAAAAGUUUACCACGCAUGAAAGCCAUACCGAAGCUGUAUGAUUCAACGGAUAUUCUGUGCCGUGAUUUGGUAAGUGAAAGUCCAACGACGCCACCGUUAAUAGCUGACGAUCAGCCCGAAUUUGAUUGCCACGAAAAGGGUAAACAUCGAUGCACAUUCGAUGAGGAAUCACCGACCGACGAUGCAAUAACACAUCGCGAUAAACAACUAUUGAAAUAUAAAAAACGUUUGAUGCGACGAGAUAAAAAGAAACGUAAUGAUGAAUUGAUCAGUAAAAUAUCAACCGAAUGCAAUAGUAGCAAUAAUGGUGAGAGGAGUGACACAAAACACGUGCAAAAACAAUCCAUGACACACUUCAGUCCGCUUGAUCAACACACAAUAAAUCCGAACAAACCACCAUUGUAUUCAAGUAUGAGCGUCGACGAGUCAGAGCCACAGCUAAGUAGCGGCAAUAAUAGUAGUUUGACAACAACGGCUUAUGCACUAAAUCAAACGAUGCAAUCAAUUGGUAUGGCUCAAAAUACGAUGACGUUUACUAAGUCAACACAAACAACUGCCAUUGAGAUGACAUCAGUUGGAACGCAAACUGAUGAGAAUCACCAUUACAACGCGCAAUCAAACCAAACAUGCAACGGCCAAAUUAUAUUCCAUAAUUGCGAUUUUUGUGGCAUCGAAAUGCAAUACUUUUGUUGGAAUUGUGAUAAGCGAAUGUUUAUGGAAACAGCUAAUUCGCAAGAUAAUCUCGGUAAAGCUGAUCGAUUAUUGAAAGCAAUACAAAGAACACCAUCGACGAAACAGGCAAACACAAAAACCAGUUCGCCACGAAUAAAUGCCAAUUAUAAUAAUAUUAAUAAUAACAAUUAUAAUAAUAAUAAUGAAAGCGAGACGAAAAACGAUGAAAACAUCAUCAUCUGCAGCAGUAGUAUCAGCAACAGCAUCAACAACAAUUUUAAUAACAACAACAUCACCACCAUCACCACAGCUACAAUCACACAACCACAAGCGUCAAACUCAUCGUCCAAUGUGAUUUCGCAUAGCAGUAAGGUAUGCGCCGUUGCUAGUGAUAAAGACCAUUGUGAUAGUCUAAAUAAUAAGGAUGAGCUAGAUGUAAGCGAUUGUCGUUCGUGUUGUAAACGACAAAAAACUGUGCAUAACUACGAUAAUGAUGAGCGUAAUGCAAAAUACAUCCAUAGUAUUCACGUAAACAGUCAUUCGAAUAACAAUUUGCCAAGCCGUAGUCAUUUAAGAGACGAUUUCACUGUGAUACCAAAUGUCACCAGCUACGAUGAUGCCAGCACACAUUUAUUGGUGAAAGCACGUGAGCUUGGUGAUUGUUCGGGAAGCUAUCGACGCACAAUGUCCGAAAGUGUUGUUGGCACAUGUCAUACAGCCAUCGAAAAUUGUACAAAGCCCGGAAUUGAUAUGCUACAAUGCGAUUCGAUGAAUAUAUUAACCGAUAAUGAGUUGAAAUUGUAUCGGCGUGCCUAUUCGGAAGACGAACUGAUUUGCAAUUGUGAUGACAACCGUCCCAAGCAAUUAGAUUUAAAUACGACGAAUAGCCCACCAAGUUCAAAUGAUUUUCCAUCAUCGAGCAGCGACAUAAUUUACAAAACACUGGCCCCAGAUCAAACGGAUCAUUUUAAAACGCCAAUCGCCAAACAAUUGGCCAAAACUUGCACCGCUUUCGACAAUCAAAUAAAACCAAUUUAUAUUGAAUGUCGGAGUCGUGAUGACGAAGAAUGUUCACAGGAUUCAAUGACAUUGAGCACAUCAAAAUCGCUGCCCAAAAUCAAUCUUACAAAGCUAUUCACUAAAGAAUCAAACGCAAAUGACUUUAGUAGCACGCAUGAAUUGGAUCUUAACACAGAAAUGCGAAAUAUCUCACAAGCAUCGAUGCCGAUUUUCUCAUUCGAUUUUGAGAAUUUGUCACCGCCACUAUCAUCGCCCACGGGCAGCGGACUUGUUCAAAAAUCGAAUUCAGCACCAUCAUUUCAAUAUUCGCCGCCCACACUAUCACCACGCUUCUUAAAAUCGGCAGCUGCAAUAAAGCGUCGUUCACGCCAUUUAUCGGAUCGUUCGUCGGAACGUCUUUCGAUUGGCUCCGAUGAUCAUUUAUCCGAUGAAGAAUUUCAUCAAUAUUGUCUCGAUCCAGAUUCGGAAUAUCGACCGGGCAUAUCACCAACAAAGGCCACAUUAAGAUUCUUCCCAAAGAAUUAUGCAUAUCGAAAACGUGCAUUGCUUGGUUCAUUUGAAGAGUCCCUGUUGCAACGUCGAUUCGAACCGAAAUUUUUAGUUCCCGGCUACAAAGUUUUGCUAGGUGCAUCCGGCUGUUACUGCACAAAUCAAAUCACAAUACCAGCUUAUACCUUCUUUUAUGAAUUGAAUGAUGAAGUGCUGAGUACACCGUAUGUGUGUGAAGUAAGUAUGCCGCCAAGGAAAGGCUAUGUUAUACCACGUACUGGUCAUGUACAAGCAACAUUGCUCAAUCCAAAUGGAAUGGUUGUACGAAUGUUUGUGGUUGCUUAUGAUUUUCGUGAUAUGCCGGCGAUGUGCCAAACAUUUGUGCGUCAAAGAAUAUUGUCGUUUGAUGAGAAUGCGAAUCCAGGCCGAAGUGUUGAUGAUCUCAGUCCUGCCGAGCAAAUGAAACUGUUACGUUAUGCCAUUCACUUAAGAUUUCAAACAACGCGAUCAGGGCGUUUGGCUUUGCAUGGUGAUAUACGGAUGCUGAUAUCACGUCGAACCGAUUGUGAUACAGCGGCUGCACAUGCCAAAGGUGCUCCAGAAUCUCCAAGUGAAUUGAAAACGGUUACAAUUGUUCCAGAGAAUCCAAAAUUCAGUCCACGUUAAAAAGAAUGCAACGCUUUUUUCCCUUUUUUUUCUCUUCAACUUCUUAAGAGAUGCUUUGACACUCAUUACCAUAUUAUAUUUGAUGGUAGUAAAUACAAUUGAACCGGAUAAAUUCGUUGAUUGACCACAGUCGAUUCAUUUAAAAUCACUAAAUAUUCAACAAAUUUAUCUGUUAUGUAUAUACUCCGAUUCGAAUGAUAUAAUGAAUGAGGGGAAGCCGUUAUAAGCAAUACACACUACUCAAAAAACACAAAACAAUGAAAAUCAUUAAUGAAAGUGAACAUGAAACACCAAUCAACUCAAGGCCACUAAUCAAUUCUCAACUCAGCGAAUUUGAUAAACACAAUUGUUUUUUUUUUUAAAUAAUUAAAAAUUGGUUUGAAGUUGAAUGAGAAGUGAAACCCAAAAAAAAUGAUGCGAAACAAAAGAAAACGAAAACAAAUCAAUCCAUACUUGAUUAACGAUUCAAGACAUUUCUUUGUGACAAAUUUCUAUAUAUAAUAUAAAUAUUUGUCUCUUCGCCGCCCCAUUAAAAAGCAAAACAUACAAAAUUGGCUAUAGAUUUGUAUGAAAAAGCAGGAAUAUUAAUUAUAUACAAAACAAAAUUUUA